GACGGGUGGAGAAACGCACUUUCGGCGGGGAUCCUGUCAGUCCACGCAGCGGAUACUUCACACGGAACGACCAGAGGCUUCGAGAGACGAUUCACAAAACCCGUUGUUCUUCAGCUUCCUCUUAAGGAGAGUGCGUUUUCUGUAUUCGUGUCUUUGACAUGGUAGAUUAUCACGCCGCUAAUAAUCCUGCCCAAUAUUCGGCAGGCGGCCCUCAAACCUACAUGGAGCAAGAAAAUGAUUGGGAUCGAGACAUGCUUCUCGACCCGGCCUGGGAGAAACAGCAGAGAAAGACUUUCACGGCUUGGUGCAACUCUCACCUGCGAAAGGCGGGAACGCAAAUUGAUAACAUUGAGGAGGAUUUCAGAGAUGGACUCAAACUAAUGCUGCUCCUAGAGGUCAUCUCAGGGGAGAGAUUACCGAAACCUGAAAGAGGCAAGAUGAGAGUGCACAAGAUCAACAAUGUCAACAAAGCGCUGGACUUCAUCGCCAGCAAAGGAGUCAAACUGGUGUCAAUUGGCGCAGAAGAAAUUGUGGAUGGAAAUGCAAAGAUGACUCUGGGAAUGAUUUGGACCAUCAUUCUCCGCUUUGCCAUCCAGGACAUCUCAGUGGAGGAAACCUCGGCUAAAGAAGGAUUGUUGCUCUGGUGUCAGAGAAAGACGGCGCCUUACAAGAAUGUCAAUGUUCAGAACUUCCAUAUCAGCUGGAAGGAUGGUCUUGCCUUCAAUGCUCUGAUCCACAGACACAGGCCAGAGCUCAUUGAUUAUGACAAACUGAGAAAGGAUGACCCAGUGACCAAUCUGAACAAUGCUUUUGAAGUGGCAGAGCGCUACCUCGAUAUCCCCAAGAUGUUGGAUGCAGAGGACAUAGUGAACACUGCACGUCCAGAUGAGAAAGCCAUAAUGACCUAUGUGUCCAGUUUCUACCAUGCCUUUUCUGGAGCCCAGAAGGCUGAGACAGCAGCCAAUCGUAUCUGCAAGGUGUUGGCGGUCAAUCAGGAAAAUGAGCACCUGAUGGAGGACUACGAAAAACUGGCCAGUGAUUUGUUGGAGUGGAUACGUAGGACAAUCCCAUGGUUGGAAAACCGUGCUCCGGAAAAGACCAUGACAGAAAUGCAGCAGAAACUGGAAGAUUUCCGUGACUAUCGUCGUGUUCACAAACCACCCAAAGUUCAGGAAAAAUGUCAGCUAGAGAUCAACUUUAACACAUUGCAGACCAAACUUCGUUUGAGCAACCGACCUGCCUUUAUGCCGUCUGAGGGACGCAUGGUGUCGGAUAUUAACGGGGCGUGGCAUAAACUGGAAGGGGCGGAAAAAGGCUACGAAGAGUGGCUACUGAAUGAAAUUCGUCGUUUGGAGAGGCUUGACCAUCUUGCAGAAAAGUUCCGUCAGAAAGCAGCCAUCCAUGAAAGCUGGACAGAUGGUAAAGAGAUCAUGCUAACACAGAAGGAUUAUGAGACUGCAACUCUGUCUGAGAUCAAAGCUCUCCUGAAGAAGCACGAGGCGUUCGAGAGCGACCUUGCUGCCCAUCAGGACAGAGUGGAGCAGAUUGCCGCCAUCGCACAGGAGCUCAAUGAGCUGGACUACUAUGACUCUCCGAGCGUUAAUGCACGCUGUCAGAAGAUCUGUGAGCAGUGGGAUGCCCUGGGUUCCCUCACACAGAACCGCAGAGAAUCUCUUGAGAGGACGGAGAAACAACUGGAGUCUAUCGAUGAACUCUAUCUGGAGUAUGCUAAAAGAGCAGCACCAUUCAACAACUGGAUGGAAGGGGCGAUGGAGGAUCUUCAAGACAUGUUCAUCGUACACAACAUUGAGGAGAUCCAGGGACUGAUGACAGCUCAUGAGCAGUUCAAGUCCACUCUUCCAGAGGCAAAUAAAGAGCGUGAAGCUAUCCAGGCCAUCCAGGCUGAAGUUCAGAAAAUCGCUCAGUACAAUGGCAUCAAAUUGGGUGGAAACAAUCCUUACACCACCAUCACCCCACAGAGCAUUGAUAGCAAGUGGGACAAGGUGGAGAAACUGGUACCACAGCGUGAUCAGGCUCUUCAUGAAGAACUUGCCCGCCAGCAAUCCAAUGACCAUCUCAGACGCCAGUUUGCCAACCAGGCCAACAAGAUUGGCCCAUGGAUACAAAACAAAAUGGAGGAGAUCGGGCGGAUAUCAAUUGAGAUGAACGGAACGUUGGAGGAUCAGCUAACCCAUCUGCGUCAGUAUGAGCAAAAGAUCAUUGAAUACAAACCCAACAUCGACCAACUGGAGGGAGACCAUCAGCUCAUUCAGGAAGCACUUAUUUUCGACAACAAAUACACUUCUUAUACUAUGGAGCAUCUGCGUGUCGGCUGGGAGCAACUCCUCACUACAAUCGCUCGCACCAUAAACGAGAUCGAGAACCAGAUUCUGACUCGUGAUGCUAAAGGCAUCAGUCAGGAGCAGCUUCACGAGUACCGCGCGUCCUUCAAUCACUUCGACAAGGACCACAGUGGUGUCUUAAUGGCCGAGGAGUUCAAGCCUUGUUUGAUCAGUCUGGGUUACGACGUAGAGAACAGCAAGCAGAAACGCACAGGAGUAAUGGACAGCGAUGAUUUCCGUGCACUGCUUAUUGCCACUGGGACCAGCCUGGGUGAUGCUGAAUUUGCUCGUAUCAUGGGCAUCGUUGACCCCAACAAUAGCGGAGCAGUGACCUUCCAGGCGUUUAUCGACUUCAUGUCGAGGGAAACGACCGAUACGGAUACCGCAGACCAGGUCAUCGCCUCAUUCAAGAUCCUAGCCGGAGACAAGAACUUCAUCACAGCAGAAGAGUUGAGGCGUGAGCUUCCUCCCGACCAGGCAGAAUACUGCAUUGCCCGAAUGGCACCGUACACAGGCCCCGACGCCAUCCCGGGUGCGCUUGACUACAUGUCCUUCUCCACCGCCCUGUAUGGAGAGAGCGACCUGUAAGGGUCAACUCCAGAACUCCGGAGCGGCUCUCUUUCUCCUGCAUCAGUGCUGAUCUUCUCACAGACUAAAUAGAUGAUGAAGCCGCAUCACCCAUCUAGUCCUUAAAGAGAUCAGCGCUCCUGAGGAAGAGGAAGAUAUUUAAGAGUGUUGGAAAUGGGACUUAAUAGCACACCUGAGGGGAGGGGGGAAUAGAGGUUUGGGGAAGGGGUUAUGAUGGCAUUAUGGGAGGAGGAGCUAAUAACUGUUAAGGAAGCUUGCCAGACCUUUUUGAUUCAGUGUAACUCACGUCAGUCUUAGAGAGUUUAAAGAAAGAGAGAUGGAAGAUGUAGGUUAGAUAAGAGACGUUUAAGAUGUUUUGCAGGUUCAGAGUGUCAAGGGUGAGGGUGUGUGGGUUUGGACUGUGGCCGGAGCUCAGGUUCUUUAAACUUGUUUUAUUUUCCCUCCAAUAUUUUUUAUGAUGUGUGUGUGUAUAUAAUACAACUGAAGGCACCCAAGGAUACUUGUCACCAGCAGUUAUACGUAAAGACACUUAAUAGUUGUGUCGUUGGGCCAAUCGCAUUUAAAAUAUGAUAUCUAGAUUCUACAAAGCGAGUUAAAAGAAUUAGCACUGGCUGCAGUCCAUACCUACGCUCUUAACCCUGCACCCUCUACCCCUGGCGGGGAGGGCACAAGCUUUUCCAGUUAACAUGCUAUUUUCUUUAUUUUAAAUUUUUUGUUGUCGUUUUCUUUCUAGGGUUGGUGGGGUGGGAGGUUUGGUUCGGGAUUUGUUAUUUGGCAGAUAGCGAAGCUGUAUAACGUAGGAAAAUGGAGAGAUGACUCGAAGUCUUUUGAUGGAGAAUUUUGCGCCCUCGUAACGCAUUUUGCUGGAUCAGUGGAACUCUUUGAAAGUCUAACCUCAGCUUUCUUUUCCUCCUAUUUUUAUUUCCAGCAAUUUUGAGUUAGCGGGAUUCCACGCCGUAUCUACUUAUUUUCCAGUACACAGAACUGUCUGGGCUACCCAUAGGGCUUCAUAUGGAUGACAAUAGUGUAAAACAAAGCAGUUUCACCCCUGCACAGUACUGUAGACAGAUUUAAGGUGCUGCAAGUCUAUGCUUUGGUUUGAAGAAUAAAACUACAAAAAUACCUGGUCAUAUUUGUUUUUCACAGUAAACCAUACAGCAUACUUUCAUUGAUUCCAGACUCAUUUUAUGUUCCUUAUGGAUUUAUUUACUCGUAACUAAUAAUGGCAACCAUCUUUAAUUGUUUUUUUUUAAGAUAGUACUGAAAGAGCUUUGGUAAGUGUGAUGUGAGCAACAUAUCUUUGUAUUAACCCCUCCUCAAGUGUCCGUGAUGACGCUGCUAUUAAAUCAAUUGGGGGAAAUUGAGAAACGUUUAAAAAGUUUUAUAUAGUCUGAAAUAAGUUAUGUGCCUGGUAGCUGCAGGAUGCGCUCCAUUCUCCCAUUUUGUUUUUUGCUUUCCUCUGGUUGUAUGCUCGUUUUUCUCUUUCUACAGGAAGGGGCAGGGACCCAAUAUACGGCUCUGGAGGUUGAGGAGUAGGAGUGGGAGAGCUAAAGUCUUAAUGAACAUUCCAUUUUGUCUUAAUUAAAAUUAAAUUACUGUUUGAUAAAUCUAUGCAAUCGUAUAUCCAAUAUCAACCACGCUCGGAAAUGAAUGGCAGGGGUGAUUUGCAAUCAAAAGUAUUUCAAGUAAGAACAAAUUAAGGGUAGCAUAGCGGGAGGUAAUCGUGUCGGACGAAUAGGUUUCGGAGAUUUGAACGGACUUCGACCAAAGGCCUGUUCUUAACAUCUGCGAAGUUGAAUAAAAGCAUUUGGAAUUCUGAUUUUUUUUCUUUUUAUACUCUUUAAUAUCAAACCUUAUCUGCUGUACUGGAAAUUUGCAAAAACUGCUUUCUGUCUUGAAAUGAAAAGUGAAUUUCACAUGCACACAUAAAGUUUCCUUAUAAAAUAUUACCACUUUGAA